AGCGCGAUGGGGCCGCCCGCGCGCAGGCGUGAAGCGCCGAAACCCUGGCCGCUUGGCCAGCACCGGGGCUUGUGCGCAGGCGCGAGGUGGGCCGCUCGCCCGAAGCGGGAGGGAGGGGGUGGCGGCGAGAGUGCGAAAGGAGGGAGAGGGCGCGAGCGAGACCCCGGCGCCUGGCGCCCCGGGACCCGUGCCCCGGCUCCGCGCGCCGGGUGGCCGCCCGCGCGCCAGCAACGACCCCGGCGCGCGCCAGGCCGCGCCCUUCGCCCUUUCGCCUUCCUCGGCGGCCGGUGGGGAGCGGCCUGAGGGGCGGCGCCUUUUGCGGCCGCCGCGGCGGGGGGAUGUGAGGGGCGGCCCGCGGUCAUGGAGACGGGCCCGGCGCCCCUGGUGGCCCCGCCGCGCCGUCAUGGCGCCCCCGCGGCCCCGUCGCCGCCGCCCCGCGGCUCCCGGGCCGGGCCCGUCGUGGUGGUAGCUCCGGGGCCGCCAGUGACCACGGCCGCUUCGGCCCCGGUCACCCUGGUGGCCCCCGGGGAGGCGCGGCCCGCAUGGGUACCGGGUCCAACCCAGACCUCGGACUCGGCCCUGGCCCCCGCCCCGACAGUCACCGGCAGCACGGAGGUGGGGCUGACCCUGGAGGCCUCACCCGAAGCCCUGAGGGCGCAAGUCUCCGACCCAGAGCCCUUGGUGCCCGAGGCUGUGGCAGGAGCCGAGAGGUCCAUGGCUCUGGCCCCAGGGGCAGACUCUCCGAAGACGGAGGAGGCCAGAACCUCACCCGAUCCUGGGCCAGGUACCCUCACCGGGGCCCGCACCAGGACCCCUUCAAGAACGGCUCCUGGGGCCCUGACCGCCAAACCCCCGCUUGCCCCCAAGCCGGGAACCACAGUGGCCUCAGGAGUGACUGCACGGGUUGCAGCAGUGACAGCAGGACAGGUGACAAGUGGACAUGGAGCUGCAGCAUCAGCAUCAACAGGACAGGCUCCAGAGGACCCCUCAGGGCCUGGUACAGGCCCUUCAGGGACGUGUGAGGCUCUGGUAGCUGUCGUGACGGUGACCCCAGCUCCGGAGCCUGCUGAAAACUCUCAGGACCUAGGCUCCACGUCCAGCCUGGGACCUGGCAUCUCUGGGCCUCGAGGGCAGGCCCCAGACACUCUGAGCUACUUGGACUCCGUGAGCCUCAUGUCUGGGACCUUAGAGUCCUUGGCGGAUGAUGUGAGCUCCAUGGGCUCAGACUCGGAGAUAAAUGGGCUGGCCCUGCGCAAGACGGACAAGUACGGCUUCCUUGGGGGCAGCCAGUAUUCGGGCAGCCUAGAGAGCUCCAUUCCUGUGGAUGUGGCUCGGCAGCGGGAGCUCAAAUGGCUGGAGAUGUUCAGUCACUGGGAUAAGUGGCUGUCACGGCGUUUCCAGAAGGUGAAACUGCGCUGCCGGAAGGGGAUCCCAUCCUCCCUCAGAGCCAAGGCCUGGCAGUACUUGUCCAAUAGCAAGGAACUCCUGGAGCAGAACCCGGGCAAGUUUGAGGAGCUGGAACGGGCUCCUGGGGACCCUAAGUGGCUGGAUGUGAUUGAGAAGGACCUGCACCGUCAGUUCCCUUUCCAUGAGAUGUUUGCUGCUCGAGGCGGGCAUGGGCAACAGGACCUGUAUCGAAUCCUGAAGGCCUACACUAUCUACCGGCCUGACGAGGGCUACUGCCAGGCCCAGGCCCCCGUGGCCGCAGUGCUGCUCAUGCACAUGCCUGCUGAGCAAGCCUUUUGGUGCCUGGUGCAGAUCUGCGACAAGUACCUCCCCGGUUACUAUAGUGCAGGGCUGGAGGCCAUUCAACUGGAUGGAGAAAUCUUUUUUGCGCUGUUGCGCCGGGCCUCCCCAUUGGCACAUCGGCACCUGCGACGGCAGCGCAUUGACCCCGUGCUGUACAUGACAGAAUGGUUCAUGUGCAUCUUUGCCCGCACCCUUCCCUGGGCUUCAGUGCUACGUGUCUGGGAUAUGUUCUUCUGUGAAGGCGUCAAGAUCAUCUUCCGGGUGGCCCUGGUGCUGCUGCGGCACACGCUGGGCUCUGUGGAGAAGCUGCGCUCCUGCCAAGGCAUGUAUGAAACCAUGGAGCAGCUGCGCAAUCUGCCCCAGCAGUGCAUGCAGGAGGACUUCCUGGUGCAUGAGGUGACCAACCUCCCAGUGACAGAAGCACUGAUUGAGCGAGAGAACUCGGCCCAGCUCAAGAAGUGGCGGGAAACCCGGGGCGAGCUGCAGUAUCGGCCCUCACGGAGACUACACGGUUCCCGGGCGAUCCAUGAGGAGCGUCGGCGGCAGCAGCCACCCCUGGGCCCCUCCUCCAGCCUCCUCAGCCUCCCUGGCCUCAAGAGCCGAGGCUCCCGGGCCGCUGGAGGGGCCCCCUCUCCACCCCCUCCUGUCCGCAGGGCCAGUGCUGGGCCUGCCCCAGGGCCUCUGGUCACCGCUGAGGGACUGCAUCCAUCCCUUCCUUCGCCUACUGGCAACAGCACCCCACUGGCUCCCAGCAAGGAGGCCCGGAGGCAGGAGAAGGAGCGGCAGAAGCAGGAGAAGGAGCGGCAGAAGCAGGAGAAGGAGCGGCAGAAGCAGGAGAAGAAGGCUCAGGGCAGGAAGCUCUCGCUGCGUCGGAAGGCAGAUGGACCCCCCGCCCCCCAGGAUGGCGGGGACAGGCCCUCAGCAUCAGAGGCCCGGCAGGAUGCUUACUUCUGACCUCUGCCCUGGGGCUGGACUGCAGGGCCCCCUCUUUUUCCCUCAGCCGAGAGCAGGCCUUGGCCUGGGGUGCUGCUCCCAGCCCCCUUGGCAGGCUGUCCCUCUUUCUGAGGAAAGUGGCUUGAUUCCCCAUCUCCUUGCCAGCUGCUGAUUCCUACACGGCCAGGACAGCCAGAGUACGUGGGGCAGCUGCAUUUCCCUGGGGCAGCAGUGAACAAGUCUGGAGCCCUCGCCUCCAGUUAGGCCCAGCUGGGGUCUCUGUCUCUCCUGCCCCGAUUCCCUCUGGGAUCCCUUCCCAGGUGCUGUCCUGAUUGGCCUCUUGUCACCACAGGGGUGACUUUUGGCGAUGGGAGUCAGCGGUUUUCAGAUUCUUACACUCCAGUCACUCCCCUUACCCAUGAAGUGGAGCUGGGUUCCUUUUCCCUUCUUCAGUCCUGCCUGUCUCCCCCCACUUCCUGGCGGGGGGCCCAGGCUCUUCGUGUUCUCCUUCUGGACAUCUCUGUGUUGUAAUUAUGUACGGAGGACCUGGUUGGCCCAGGGUGGGGGUGUUCACUCUCUUCUGUCCUUUGGUUUUCCUCCACCGUGUUCUUGCACGCUGGUUUAUUUAAGGGGACGUGCACUGGAGCAGGAAGUGUCCCCCACUUCCCCACCACCACCCUCCUUGCUCUCCUUCCUCUUCACCUACCUUUCUCUGUAUUCUCAGGCCUCCCCUGCUUUGUCUCACCAGGGCUCCCACCUUUCACCUUGUUCCCUUCCAACCCUCCAGCCCCUACCUGGGUAAGGGGUCUUCCCUUGAGCUCCAGGGGGUGGAACCCAAUGUUUACAUUUUCUUCUGUCUCUGCCCCCACCCUGUGCGGCGCUUUGAGGAACCGGAAAAGAACCUGCUGUUGUACCUGG